GUUAAUGCGACAUAUAUCAAAACAGAUUUUUAUGAAAACUCUGCUGUCAAAUUUUGACGGAAGAAAACAACUUUGAAUGUUUCUUUUUGGCGUGAGUGGCAGACAAAAUGGUUAAAGUCAAGUGCUCAGAUUUAAGAACAAAGGACAAAAAAGAGCUCACCAAGCAGCUCGAUGAGCUGAAGAAUGAGUUGCUUAACUUACGUGUUGCUAAGGUAACUGGUGGAGCACCUUCUAAGCUCUCAAAAAUCCGUGUUGUGCGCAAAGCUAUUGCCCGUGUUUAUAUUGUUAUGCACCAAAAGCAAAAGGAAAACUUGCGUAAAGUAUACAAGAACAAAAAGUAUAAGCCAUUGGAUUUGAGAAAAAAGAAGACUCGUGCCAUUCGCAAGGCUUUGUCCCCAAGAGACGCCAACAGAAAGACCCUGAAGGAAAUCCGCAAGAGGUCUAUUUACCCACAAAGAAAAUUCGCUGUUAAGGCAUAAACAAAAGUUGCUAAAAUAGAUUGAAAAUUUAUUUCUUGAAAAUAAAAGGGUAAUAAAAAACAA